CUUGCCUUCUUCUCCUCUCCUCCUUCUCAUAUAACUUCCUCCAGACCCCCGUUGGGUAUCUGACUCGACCUUGAUCCCUUCUUUCACGUCUUUCUACAGCAUCUACUGUCCCGCCCGAGAAUGAGCCGAAAGCUCGCCCCCGAAGCCAAUCGGAUUCUCUUUGUCAAGAACCUCAACUACAACGUAACAGCGGAGCAACUCUUCGACCUCUUUGGCAAAUUCGGUCCCAUCCGACAAAUACGUCAGGGAAUCGCAAACAACUCCAAGGGCACUGCCUUUGUGGUAUACGAGGACGUUCACGACGCCAAACAGGCAUGCGAUAAGCUCAAUGGAUUCAAUUUCCAGAACAGAUAUCUCGUUGUCCUGUACCAUCAGCCUGAAAAAAUGCUUAAAUCGAAAGAGGACCUGGCGGAAAGGCAAGAGAAUUUGGAACGUCUCAAACAGCAGCAUGGUAUAGAAUGACGUGAUGAUAUGCUUUUUUUAUCGCUUUCUCCGCAUGCCCUUUGCCGGCAUCUGGUUGCGUAUUCACAUGGGUUGGUUGUGGGGUUUUCGGCGUUUAUUGUUCUCCUCUGGGUUUGAUGAUGGCUCUUAUUCAUUCAUGGGUCUGAAAGGGUUGCCGGCGGGUAGAAUGAGACUCGGGCUUGGCUGAAGUCCGGAGUAGAAAGUGGUACAGAAUGGGUUAUUUCAGGGCUGGGAUCGAUUCCGAUGCACCGGUUAGUCACUGCUAUCAAUAUAAUCAUUUCGAUCGCCG